CUGAGGGGGGAAAGGAAAGGGCCUGAGGCUGUUAGGAAUUGUGGGAGUUGUAGUCCAAAACACCCGGAGGGCCUAAACUGUCAAACCCAGCUAAGCCCCACCCUUUCCAGAGUGACGCCGGCCAAUCACAGCCUCGAGCUCCUCUUCCGGGCAGAAGCGCCGCCUUGUCAUUGCCUCCGCGCGCCCGGCCUCCUCCGCUCCCAUUGGUCCGCGCUUUGUCCCGUUCCUUUCCUUCGGUCCGGCCGGACGCCGCUCCCCAGAAGAAAGGUUCCGGCCUGAGCCAUGGCCGCCUCGGCGGAGCCCGCGGUAAAGCCGCUCCAGGGAGCCAUGAAGCUGGCCAAAGGAGCCCUGGAGCUAGACGCCGGGGAUAAGCCCCGGGAAGCCUACGUGGAAUACCUCAAGAGCAUCCACUACAUCUCCCAGGCCUUGCUGGAAGAGGCCAUGGCGGCCAAAGCUGAUGGAAGCGAUGUGACUCCUGAUACUCCCAAGAUGCUAAAAGUAGCAGAGCAAUGCCUGGAAAGAGCCAAGAGCAGCGUCACCAAAAUCGGGAAAGGAAAGGCGAAGCUGGCGGCGGAGCGGAUUUUGGGGCCGGCUCCCACCUCCCGGCACCGAAGGGUCUAUUCGGACGAAGGCGGCAAGCUCUCGCCUUUCUUGCCUCCCGAAAUGUUCCAAAAGCUGCAAAUCACCGAAGUCCAGAGCGGCAAGAAGGAGCUGACCCCGUUGGAAGAGGCUUCGCUGCAGAACCAGAAGCUGAGGGCCACCUACGAGGCCCGCCUGGCCAGGCUCAACCCCAGCCAAGCCAUGCAGAAGACCUCUCUGACGCUUUCCCUGCAGCGGCAGAUGAUGGAGAACUUGGUCAUCGCCAAAGCAAGGGAAGAGACACUCCAGCGGAAGAUGGAAGAACGCCGUCUGCGGCUGCAAGAAGCUGCCAACAGGAGGUUCUCCAGCAACGCAGUUCUGACCCCGGAGGAGCAGGAGCAGCGCGCCAUUUAUGCCGCCAUCUUGGAGUAUGAGCAAGAUCACGACUGGCCCAGGUCUUGGAAGCUCCAGCUGAAGAAGAACCCCAACGACCUCUCCUUGGUGCCCAAACUCAUCUCCCACCUCCUCAGCUUUGCGGACCACCCCAUCUGCCAGCUGCUGAAGAAGCUCCAGUGCUCGGUCUACAGCCGUGUCUACCCUCUGGUCAGCCGCAGCGCCGCCUCCUCCGACCUCCGUGGCUCCGGCAAGGUCUCCCGGGGCCUGUCCCUGUCCUCCUCGCUGGACGCGGCCGAGGCCUUCCUCUCCCCGGCCCCCGAAGGCCGCCGCCUGCGCUCCUCCCAGAGCCUCCACUCCAUGUUCUCCGUCCAGGAGAACAACAAGCUCAACCUGCGCCACAGCCUCUCCGGCACCCCCUUCAUCGAGGACCAGAGUGUUGGGAUUCCCGCUGCGGGGUCUGGGCCCCUUCCGGAAGAGCCACCUCUCGUCCCGGUCGAGCGGGAGAGCUCCUUUGAGGACCUGGAGCAGUUCCUCUCCGCUUCGGAGCGGUGGCCGGUGCGGACGCCGACUGGCAGGAAGGCCUCUCAGCAGGAGCAGCUCAAGGCCGCCGUGAAGGACAUCCACAACGCCAUUGACAGGCUGCUCUCCUUAACGCUGCUGGCUUUCGAGGGCCUGAACACGGCGUCCGCCAAGGACCAGUGCGUGGCGCGGCUGGAGGAGGCCUUCUUCGCCCCGCUUUGGGCCCCGCUCCUGGCCGUCUACAGGAAUGUUUACAAGUCCCGGGAGGCAGCUCUCUCCCGGAGCAUGGAGCUGCACCGGAACGUGGCCCCGUCGGACGCCGGCAUCUCGGCCAAGCUCCUCCCGCAGGGCAAACGCACCAAGGGCCCCGGGGCCUGUCCUUAUGGUGCCGCUGUCCAGGAAUUGAUGCUCCUUCCUCUUGGCUCCUGUCCUCAGAAGAAGCUGGAGUGCAUCGUGCGGACCUUGCGAAUCAUCUGUGAAUGUGCAGAAGAAUACUGUGGGAGCUCUGAAGGCAAGCCUCAUCCAGCAUCAGCUGCCAUCGGUGCGGAUGAUCUGCUCCCGAUCCUGUCCUUCGUGGUCCUGAAGAGCAACCUUCCCCAGCUGGUCUCGGAGUGCGCGGCUUUGGAGGAGUUCAUCCACGAAGGGUACCUGAUAGGAGAGGAGGGCUAUUGCCUGACCUCCCUGCAGAGCGCCCUCUCCUACGUGGAGUCCCUCCACCGGCCCGUCCUGGAGAAGUAGCCCUGCCUUGCCCUUCACCCUUGCACAGCAGCAGCAGCAGCAGCAGAUGUUAGCCAUAGGGGACACACAGGGACAUCCCGCCCAAAAUCCCCGGUCCCUUUCGCCUGGAGGAGCUGGGUCUUGCUGACGAGGCCAUUCGUUCAAUUUCUCCUUCCUUCCUUCCUUCCUUCCUUCCUUCCUUCCUUCCUUCCUUCCUUCCUUCCUUCCUUCCUUCCUUCCUUUUAUGCUUCUUUCUUUCUUUCUUUCUUUCUUUCUUUCUUUCUUUCUUUCUUUCUUUCUUUCUUUCUUUUUUCCUUCCUUCCUUCCUUCCUUCCUUCCUUCCUUCCUUCCUUCCUUCCUUCCUUUUUUGCUUCUUUCUUUCUUUCUUUCUUUCUCUUUCUUUUUUCCCCUUCCUUCCUUCCUUCCUUCCUUCCUUCCUUCCUUCCUUCCUUCCUUCCUUCCUUCCUUCCUUCCUUCCUUCGCUCCUUCCUUCCUUCCUUCCUUCCUUCCUUCCUUCCUUCCUUCCUUCCUUUUUUGCGUCUUUCUUUCUUUCUUUCUUUCUUUCUUUCUUUCUUUCUUUCUUUCUUUUUUUCCUUCCUUCCUUCCUUCUUUCCUUCCUUCACUCUUACCUUCCUUCGCUCUUACCUUCCUUCUUUCCUUCCUUCCUUCCUUCCUUCGCUCCUUCCUUCCUUUUUUCCUUCCUUCCUUCCUUCCUUUGCUCCUUCCUUCCUCCCUCCCUCCCUCCCUCCCUCCCUCCCUCCCUCCCUCCCUCCCUCCCUUCCUUCUUACCUUCCUUCUUUCCUUCUUUCCUCUCAUCCUUCCUUCCUUCCUUCCUUCCUUCGCUCUUACCUUCCUUCUUUCCUUCCUUUCGUCCUUCCUUCCUUCACUCCUUCCUUCCGUCACUCCUUUCUUCUCUCCUUUCUUCCUUCCUUCCUUCCUUCCUUCCUUCCUUCCUUCCUUCCUUCCUUCCUUCCUUCCUUCCUUAUCCCUCCCUCCUUCCUUGGUGCAAUAUUUGGGGCUGGGGUCUCCCUUUGCAUUAAGCCUGAGAAUCCCUUUAAUACGAGUCCGUCCUUGGGCUGCAGAGAGAGUCCAUUCAGGUUGGGAUUUGCAGUUUCCUCCUCAAGGGCAGCUUUAUUGGAGCCCGUCCUUGCCAUCUGUUGCCGCCUUCUGCACCACUGAGCACGAAGCAGAUGGGGACGAGGAUUGCUUGGGGGGUCAUUCCUUCCCCAUUUCACUCUGGAGGAAUCUGCAAUCGCUUUCCUUAUUUCCUUAAAAGGUGAGGAGGGAUAACCUUUUGAUUGACACUUCUUUGCAGCCUUGUUGUUAUUGAGCCUUGACCAGAGAAAGAGGAGAAGUCUAAGGGGUUCGUUGGCCAAUUUGGGGGGGCAAAACCCCUCCUGUGCUUUGCUCCCUCUCGUCUGCAUGUCUCACUCCUUCUGCCGUCCCCGUUUUUGGGUUCGGAUCCGGCCCGGAAGCCUAUUAAAAGGGCACGGAGAGAUCUGUAGUAUGUAUGCGCACCAUGCACUGGAUUUAGAGCAAGCCCAAGUGCUCCUCCCCAUCCCAGAUAGGUAGGUUUUAGCGCCCAUUUGCAAAUAUUAGAUAUAUAGAUAUAUAUAUAUAUAUUUGAACCCAAAAAGUCGUAACACUGAAUGAAGGGACCUACAAAUGAAGGGACAACAAGUGUGUACAUUACGAGAGAGAGCCUUCUCUUUCAUAUAGGAAUUUUUUAAAGAGACUAGAGUCAUAGAGAUCCAUGGAGUCUGGCUGGAUUUGCACAAUUUGGGUCCAAAGUCGGCAGCUAGAUUUAUCCGCACCACUUUGAAAAAAAAAAAGGGUUUAUUAUAAGGUGCUUCUGGAGCCAGGAUGAUGGGCUUUUCUGUCCAACACUAAGCGAUGAACAAACACUUGGAUUCAUAGGAAUCGCUGCACUUGAUGCUUAAUGCUAACUUUCUCCUCACCUUGAUGUGCGUCGCAUCAUCUGCGGACCCCAAAAUAUUUGAAGUAUUUGUGAUUCCACUCGACUCAUUUUUGGCUUCGCUCUCGCGGGCUUUUUGGUAAUAAACACCAUUAUCUUUG